UUUUCUAUACCCUAAGCCCUCUCUGUUUCCCCAACGGCUAGCCCUUCCCCACAAUAAGGCAGAGACAGACUCCCUUUUCUCUACCCCCUGAUGCUACACCUCUCUCUAAGGCAAUGAGCACCUAAUGGCCUCCACGGUUGUGUGAAGGGAAGGGUAACGGGGAAAAAAGAGCUGUGAGGGGAUGUGAGGAGUUAGUUACUAUUUGUAGCUAUCUUGUGUGUCCCCCCACUGGAACUCCUGGCUGAGCACAGUGAGUGCUGACUCUUGCUCUCUUCUUAUUGGGACUGAGCCAGCCUCUUCUCCUAGAUGUGGCCCCUGGCACUGGUCUGAGCAGAAGCUGGCUCAUUCUCAGGGCUGGAAUGGGGUCUGAAUCAGGGGAGGAAGGCAGCCCCAGACAAUAGAACCUGUAAGAGAUCCUCAAGCCUGGAGAGCAUGGCCAGAGAGUAUAGAUCCCAGGGGGUGUGGGAAGUGCUCAGGACCAGCCUCCCCAAAGCACCACCAGGCUACAGCCUCUGUGGUCCCAGCCUCUGGGCCAGAGGAAUUGUGUUGGGGGCAAGAAGUCAUUUGGAAGUCCCUUCCAGUCUCUCAUCUUUCCCUCGCUGUUGCUUCUUCCUUCUGCCCUUCCAUAUUCCACCCUUGCUCCCCUGGGACUGACCACAACACCGAUCUAGGGUUGACCACAGCACAGACAUGGGAUGGCCACAGAACAGAUUAGGUAUGACCACAGCACAGAUCAAUGGAUGACCAUAAUGUAGACCUGGGAAUAACUAUAGCAUAGACCUGCAACUGACCACGGCACAGACCUGGGUGGCCAGUACUGUACCCUCUCUCUCUAACCCUACUGUCUGCAGCCACUGGCUGCCCAACAGCAGAGUAAAUGUCAGCAAGAGUAAAUGUCAGAGUGCAUAGCCUCUGAUGGGUUUAAUUCCAAUUAUGUCAGAUGAUCUUUUAUCUACUUGUUUGUACAGAGAAACCCUGGUCAGGCCAGGCCAGGCCAAAAAUAUGUCUCCUUUACCCACAAGAGACAAAGCUGGAACUCAGAUAUCCAGGUUGAACAGCAGACUAUCUGGGCCUGGUUGGAUUUUGAUGAUGCCAUGGCCAGAGAACUCAGCUGCCCUAUUCAGGGAAAGGAACCUAUGAAUACAUACUAUGUGCCUCAUCUUGCUUGUAUUUCCUAAUUUAAUCCUUACAAAACCCUAAAAGGGUCUUCAUUUUACAGAUGAAGAAACAGGUCAGAGGAGACUAAUCCAGCAAGGAAGAGGCAGAAGGGAAUUAGAACCCAAUCUGCCAAGUUCCAAAGCCCUCUUGCAACAUCCCAAGGUUGGGAAGCAGGAUGGUGUUCUCCUGAAGUGAGCCUCACUCAGGCUUGCCUGUGGGAUCCAGGACACAGCUCUGCAGUUGGCCAGGCCCAGGGACCCACAGAAGUGCCUCUCAGCAGUUUGAGCUGAUCUCUGAUGCCCCAGAUUUCCCAAGUAUGUCUAGGACUGCCCUGGGGUGAGAGCAGGGACCAGGGAACACCCUUUCUCUCCCAUGAGAGUGACCACAACAAGGAUACAUUUUCUUAUCAUUUACCAAAAGCAAGCCCUUCAAAAUUAGAGGCAGAAAGCUGAUGUCUGUAGCAGAAUCUGAGGAAUAGGGGUUCUGGGACCUUCUCUGACUAUCUCUCACCCAUAAGUAUGGCUUUGAUUAAGUCCUUGCCCCUAUCUGGGCCUGUAAGAUGGGAUCAGGAGACAGGACUGGCUGAUCUCCAGUGGCCCUCCCUGUCAUCCUCUGAAUUUGCAGAGGGACUGAGAGACAUGCAUGUGCAGUCACCCCAAACAAUUCCCUUCAUCAAAUUCUUCAUCUAGAGAUAGACCAGUGGUAUUAAUAGCAACCUAAUCUCUUUCAAAUUCUUUGUGUUGCUAAAAUGAAAGCAAAAAUUCAAAGCUGGAAGAACAAAAAACUCCCUUCUGAGAAUUCUGAGUCACUCCAGAAAGGUCAGUGGAGUUUGGGUUAACCCGUUUUUUCCCAGAAAGGCCUCUGGCUCUUCCCUGGACACCCAAAGAUUAACAGAGAAAAUGUGAGACCCACUCAGCUUGUAGAUUUGUGCUUCUGGGGCACUGAGAUUAAGAGAGAGGCUUGAUUUCUUCUGGGCUGGUCGCAAAGCUUUGGGAGAGGCAUCCAUGGAGCCAUAGUAAGAGGCCACAGCUUGCCAAGACCACCACCCAUGAGCCAGUGGGCUUGACAAGCUGGGGACUGGGGAGUCAGACAGACCUGUGGCUGGCUUCUGGCACUGCUGUUCAUGGGUUUACUGACUUUGGCCUGCGGAGCCCAGGCCUCUUGGAGCAUCUUUGGGGCUGACGCCGCGGAGGUUCCGGGCACACGGGGCCACUCCUGCCAGGAGGCUGCCAUGCCCCACAUUCCCGCGGACGAGGAGCCCCCUGGAGAGCCACAGGCAGCCCAGAGCCCCGCCGGCCAAGGCCCUCACACUGCAGAAAUAUCCUGCAGUCCACCUACCAUCAUCCUGACUGGGGAGACCAGUUCACCAGGAGGAGAAACUGAUAAAAACCUAGUCAACAGAGCUCACAGUCCCCAUAGGAGGCUUUCUCACCGAAACUUGAAGGUUUCCACUGUUUCGCUGACUUCUGUGGACCCUGCAGGGCACAUUAUUGACCUGGUACAUGACCAGCUGCCAGAUAUCAGCAUCUCAGAGGAGGACAAAAAGAAAAACCUGGCACUGCUGGAAGAAGCCAAGUUGGUGAGUGAACGAUUCCUGACUCGCCGCGGGAGGAAGUCCAAGAGCUGCCCUGGAGACUCCCAGUCAGCUGUUGCCUUGAACCUCAGCCCCGGAGCUUCUCCCGCAUCCUCUCAAAGCAACUCGCUUACUGUUCCCACGCCGCCUGGUUUGGAUGCAUGCAGUGGGCCAGAGUCUCCUUUGCUUGGAGCACCACCACAGCAGAAGGGGGAUGAGGCCGAAGUCUCUUCACCUCAUCUUGGCGAGCCUAAGAAUGUCUCCAAAGGGCUAGCUGACCGGAAGCAGAAUGACCAGAGGAAAGUGUCUCAGGGCAGGCUGACUCCUCGUUCUCCCACAACUGAGAAGUCCAAAGAAAUUGCAAUUGAACAAAAGGAAAACUGUGAUCCCCUCCAGUGCUCUGAGGCCACACACAAGGGCUCAGCUUCCAGCAUAGGCAGUGGUGAGAAAAUGGCCUUGAAUAGCCCUCAGCCUGGUCCUGCUGAAAAUGACCUGGGAAAGGUGCUUCUGAAGACGGCCAGGGAGGGCAACCCUCUGCCUAGAGGUCCAGCCCAGGGUUCUGGAGGGGCAGCUCCCCUGGCCCCCCAGGAAAAAGGUACAGCUGGAGAGCCAACAGGGUCAAAGUUUGGCUCCAAAGCUGAGCUGCGGUCCCCUGCUUCUCGGCCACCCCUAUUGAGGGGGGUCUCCUGGGACAGUGGUCCUGAAGAACCUGGCCCCCGGCUGCAGAAAGUGCUUGCCAAGCUGCCUCUGGCAGAGGAAGAGAAGCGUUUUUCGGGCAAAGCUGGCAGCAAGCUGGCCAAGGCACCUGGACUCAAAGACUUUCAGAUACAAGUGCAGCCAGUGAGGAUGCAGAAACUGACUAAGCUCCGAGAGGAGCACAUCCUGAUGAGAAAUCAGAACUUAGUGGGGCUCAAGCUUCCAGACCUUAGCGAAGCAGCUGAGCAGGAAAAAGGGCUCCCUUCUGAACACUCCUCAGGUAUUGAGGAAGAUGAGUCAAAGAGUGGCUUGGAUGUCAUGCCCAAUAUUUCUGACAUGCUGCUGCGCAAACUGCGGGUCCACAGAUCUCUUCCUGGAAGUGCCCCUCCGCUCACUGAAAAGGAAGUUGAGAACGUGUUUGUACAACUGUCCUUGGCCUUUAGAAAUGACAGCUACACUCUGGAAUCUAGAAUUAACCAGGCUGAAAGGGAACGUAACCUGACAGAAGAGAACACAGAGAAGGAACUGGAAAACUUCAAAGCUUCCAUUACGUCCUCAGCUUCACUAUGGCACCACUGUGAGCACCGGGAGACCUACCAGAAACUGCUGGAGGACAUUGCUGUCCUGCACCGCUUGGCUGCCCGCCUCUCCAGCCGAGCUGAGAUGGUGGGGGCCGUCCGCCAGGAAAAGCGUAUGUCAAAGGCAACAGAGGUAAUGAUGCAGUAUGUGGAGAAUCUGAAGAGGACGUAUGAGAAGGACCAUGCAGAGCUCAUGGAGUUUAAAAAACUUGCAAAUCAGAAUUCAAGCCGCAGCUGCGGCCCCUCUGAAGAUGGGGUCCCUCGAACAGCGCGGUCCAUGUCCCUCACACUGGGAAAGAACAUGCCCCGUCGGAGGGUCAGUGUUGCAGUGGUUCCCAAGUUUAAUGCCCUGAACAUGCCUGGCCAAUCUUCCAGCUCAUCACCCAUCCCCUCCUUACCAGCCCUGUCAGAAUCAACCAAUGGGAAAGGCAACCUACCUGCCACCUCAGCACUGCCUGCACUUUUGGAAAAGGUCUGCACAUAUCCUGCAACCUCCCCCGAGGAUGAUCUCCCCUCUGCUACAGAUAUGGCUGACUUUUCACCUUUCAGUGGAAAGACAAAUGCAGACCCAGAUUGUGAAGCCUCUGCUCCCAUGCCAACUUUGAGCUGCGUGGAGAUUAGCCAGGAGACCACGGCCAGGAUGGAGGAAGAAGCUUACAACAAGGGAUACCAGGAAGGUCUAAAGAAGACCAAAGAGCUUCAAGACCUGAAGGAAGAGGAAGAAGAACAGAAAGGUGAGAGUGUUGAGGAAGCUGAAGAGGCAGAAGAAACUGAGGAAGAGGAAAAGAACCAAAGAAGCAGCAAACUUGAAGAAUUGGUUCAUUUCUUACAAGUCAUGUAUCCCAAACUGUGUCAGCACUGGCAAGUCAUCUGGAUGAUGGCCACAGUGAUGCUGGUCUUGACUGUUGUGUUGGGACUCUACAGUUCCUAUAACUCUUGUGUGGAGCAGGCUGAUGGGCCCCAUGGGAGAUCAACUUGCUCGGCAGCCCAGAGGGACUCGUGGUGGAGCUCAGGACUCCAGCAUGAGCAACCUGCAGAGCAGUAGGAAACCUGACACCCAGUCAGUGCCCUGCUCCAGCACAUAGCUGACUGCUCUUUUCCCAAGCAUAUGUUUCAGGCCAGUUGUGGGCAUGCUGGCACCAGCCUAUCAGGAAAUAAGCAGGGUUCUUUCAUACUCAGCAACCGUGUGGGAGCUAUGCAUACACAGUAACUGAUGUUUUUGGAGGAUCAACAAAACUGCCCUGGGAACACUUUUGGCGGAUGAAGUCACCUUCACCAAGGAACUCUAACAGAAGGGAAAGUCAUCUGCCCCUAGCUCAGAUGGCAGGGGGAAAUAAAACACCUUCACUGCAGAAAACAGUAAGAAGUUCACUCUCCCUCCCCUUUUUCCUCUCUGUAGUCAGAAAUCAAGAAGAAUUAUGCCCAAAGGCUAACUCUGACCUUGAGGAUCAGACCUAGAAUUUGGAGUCAACAUGAAUAUCAUCCCAUUUCCCAUCUCAUUCUCACUGACUCUUCUUCAGCCUCCCUGCCUCCCCUUUGGAACCAGAGUUUCUCUUUACAGAAGUAGGGAAGGUUUCUCAGAAAAAUAUUUAGGCUGAAUUUAGAUCAGUGCUUGAAAUGAAAUGGGAAGAUGUGAGUUAACAUAUAUGCAUCUGUAUGCACACACAGCACACACAUACACACAGCAUGCAUGUGCAUGAAGCCAACAACCCUCCAAACGUGUGCUCUAGGUGUGUGUUCUGGAUAAAACAACCCACAGAUUUUUCACUAGGUGUGGGGCAGUCACCAGGCACCUGUUCAAUGAGCUCUCCACAUUGAUUUAAGAUGUUUGAAGACACUGAAAACUCAUGGCUGCAACAGUGAACUUGCUGGUCGCCAUUUCAAGUGCUAAUUCUAAGCUGUUGUACAACAGUCUAUUCCCUAUUUGUCCUCUACCAUUGAGAACCCACCUCUCAUGUGUGAUUUCAGCCCUCGUGUGCCCACAACCACAUGUGCAGUUGCACCUUAGUGCUUCAGUUCAAAUGGGUUUUCCAACCCAAGUACACAUUUCAGAGCAUUCUAAUUGUUCAGCAUAAAACUGAGGGAGCACAUCCCAUUUCCAAUUUGACUUCUUGCUCCACCUUUACAGCCACUGCCUUCAUUCAUCCCUUAUCAGUUUUGAGGGGUGUUGGUUUCUUGUGGGUUUUAUUGUUCUGCUCUUGUUUUUGUUUUGUUGUUGAUGUUGUUUGUUUUGUUGCUAACACUCACAUAGAACUUACUAUGAGCCAAACACUGUUCUAUGUAUUAUAUAGGUAUUAAUUCAUUUAAUCCUCAAAAAAAAAAAAAAAAGAAAAGAAAGAAGAAAAGGAAAGAAAAAACAAUGAGGUGGGUACCACCCUCCCCAUUUUCAGAUAAGGAAACUGAAGCACAAAAAAACACAACUAACUUGCCAAGGACAUCCAGUUAGUAAAUUAUGGGCCUGGAACUCAUAUCCAGGCAGACUGGCCCCUGCACAAAAUUGCCUUUUCCAAUGGUCUCCUAACUGCAUGCCUUAUGUUUCACUCCCACUUCCCCAAGUAGCCCUCCAACCACUCCAAACUAUUUCUGGUUCCCAGACUAAACUGUUUUCUCAUAGUUCUGUUCCUCCACUCACUAGUUUUUCUUUUGCCAUUCUCCUCUUUUCUGCUGGUCACCCUUCAGGACCAAGUGCAAAAAUUAUCCCUGACGCACAGGCUUUGAUGACUUCCCUCCAACUUCCUACCAUACCCCACAUAAUAGGUUACACCCUCCUCUGCUGACACUUUUUAAACAUCUUCAUUAUUUACUGUUGUGACAGUAUAUCACAAUGACUUAUUUAAGUGUCUGUCUCCCUAUUUUUCCUCAAAGACAAGAACCAUAUCUUACCCAUUCUCUGGGGUAGGUACCUAGCAUGAUGGCUGAUGAUGCAUGGGAGGGUGUUAUUAAAUGUUGAUCAAAAGAACAAGUGAGCAUUCAAGGUGGUGGAGAGUAGCCUGGGGAAGCUGACAUUUUGCAUACCUCCCAGUUCUAGCACCAUCAUUGCCACUAUCUCAGUGAGAAAAAUAACAUCUUUAUUAGCUUCAAUUUAUUCUAAUAUUUUUCAGUCUACUCUGUGAGAGAGCAGAAUGAGACCUAACUAGCAACACAAUUUCCAAGCUCAAGGACUGGGCUUGAUGCAACCACUCCUUUUAGAAAGACCCACCUAGAUCAGCCCUACUAUAAAACAGCAUGCUGUUGUUGCGGAGGGGGAGGGGGUGGGGAGCAGGGGCGGGGAGGGUAAUGGCAUCCUUUACAGUGACUAAAAAACCACUGUGGGAGAAGCCCAAGCCAGGGUUGACCAAGAAAGUGCCAUUAAGGUAAAGAGGUGUAGAUCAAAGCAGAGGGACUUUGGGGAUUUGGAUGGAUGGUUUUCCCUGCCUAUUCCAGGGGGACUGGACACACUGAAAAAUCUUUUAGGCCCUCAGAGCCACAGACACGAUGCAAAUGGAGCUCCAGAGACAGUAGCUGUGGGGCAGGACUCUAUACUGGCAAUGUCCAGUCUUAGCCUCCCUUAUAGAAGGACCAGGCUGAACUGGCCCAUUGUCCACUUGGCCACAGGGUUCCAACCUUUGUUACCAAUUAAAACAAAGGUCAGGAGAACAGCUACAGUGAGCUCCUGAACCUCCAGCUGCUCCACAGAAAAACCUUCAAGAGUACUUCCAGACAUAGGCCCUCACCCAAAGUGCUCUAUGAGUAAGAGAGGUUGAAGAAAAGAACUGUAAGAGUAACCACAUUUCCAAGGGCAUUCCUGAAAAAGUACUCACUGGCAUUUCUUUUUUGAAAAGCAAAGAUCGAUCUGAAGCAGUUGGAAUGUUUCCAAAGCAACAAUGAAAUGGAGAGAAAUGGCCCCUGUAUUUCCAAUGGUGAUAUUGAUCUAAAAUAAAAAUUCCCCUCAAAAUGUCUCUGAAGUCUGACAUUUCUGCUUAGCCCUAGGACUCUGGGUGCCUACCUUGAGUUUCAGAGUGAUGUGUUGUUUGUGUCAUUUUUGUUAUCACUUCUUAAAAGGGCCUUCACUUUCUGGCUACCACAAAAUCCUGUGUACAGCCUGGAAGAGUAAAUGGAGAGGGAGAUGCUGGAUUUAUGUAUAACUGACUGUCAGUUCCUAAUGUUAAACCUCACACAGGUGUGCUAGCAUUAAACUACAGAGUGUCACAUACCUGAGUUUGAAAAUAAAAGCACCUUUCCAAACCUUU